CACGUCCGUUCGAACACCCCUGCGUUCGAGAGCUAAGGCUACACGCCCUAACGGGAGCCACUAAUCCAGUCGGGCAUGGCUUAGUCGCUCAACCAGGGAGCCGCACUAAGGGGCCUCCAGUUCGCUUUUUGUUUCGCGCGGCGUUCAGAGAGACGAGCCUUCACCUCCAGUUCUCAGUACCCGGAAUAUCACCAGCCGCAGCAGCAGCCGCAGCAGCAGCAGCAGCAGCCGCGGCAGCAAAGAAAGCAGUCGCAGGAAGGUUGCCGAGUCUGCCACAAUGACGGAGUACUGGGUGAGCCAGGGGCAGCACUGGUGCGAGUACUGCCGCAUCUUCCUGGCGAACAAUGCGGCGUCCAUCCGCAUGCACGAGGGCGGCACAAGGCACAAGGAGGCGGUGGCGACGAAGCUGAGCGCCAUCCGCAGGGAGGGCAAGCAGAAGGAGCGCGAGAAGGAGGAGGCCGAGAAGGCAAUCGCGGCGAUUGAAGAGGCGGCGAGGCGGCAGUACGACAAGGACGUGGCAGAGCAGAGGCGGCAGCAGCAGGGCUCGGAGGUGCAGCAGCACAGAGCGGCUGUGGCUGCUGCGGUCGCUGCUGUGGACGCCACUGCUGCUGCUGCUGCUGAUUCAGCAGGAGGGGAGCCGACCAUCCCCCCUCCACCACCCCCCCCUCAGUCCAAAAUUGUUGCCGCUGAUGAGUGGGUGCUGGAAGAAAGCAGCGGCUACCACUACAGCCACCGCUCCGGCUACUUCUAUGACUCCAAGUCGGGCCUCUACUUCUCAGAUGCCAUCGGUCGUUGGUCCAGCCAUCAGGAGGUCUCUGCACUCUCAGCAGCCUCCCCCAGAAAACCCUCCCCAGCUUCUAACUCCCAACAACCCGCUGCGGCUACCACAGCUGCCCGAAAUAAUCCUGCAGGGGCAGGCGGGCCGGCCCCAGGCCUGGUCCGGGCAGCUAAAAGGCCGGUGGGAGGGAAGGUUGUGGCAAAGGGAGUGGCUUCGUCUGUUGCGUGUGAUCCGAAUGCGAGGAAGCGGGGGCGCAAGGUGAGUGAGGAGGAGGAGAAGGCUUUAGCUGCUAGGGAGGCAGCGCGGAGGAGGACGCAGGAGAGGGAGAAGAAGAGCCUCGGGCUUUACUCCUCGUAUUGAUACAAUGUACUAUGUAUCGAUGAUUGAGUCUGUGGGUUGGAGGAUAUGGCGGGAUUGGCUUUACGGUAAUACCAAGUGUAGAGGAGGAUGUUGGGUUACGAGGAAGGGGUUGAGAACAAUUAUCUGUUCCAGUUAUUGCUCCAGAGAUGUGUUCAAUGGUUUCUCAUUGUGACUAACAUGCUUCUUGUGCCAAACA